GUCCCCCACGGCGUCGCCUACGAAGAAUUCAAAGCAGCCUCCGAGGCCCCACCACCGGUGAUGCGCAUCUCGGAGGCAUCCAUCGCCAUCAUGUUCGAGUCGUCCCGCGCCUUCACCAUCACCGACUACGCGUGGAACAGCCAGAAGCGCCACGAGCAUGAGCCGGCCAUGUGGGAUAAUCUGGUGGAUAACUUCUCGAAGCACAAGGAUGAGGUGGAGGCGCUUUUGGCGAAGAAGGCGAGUGGGUUGAAAGUGUAG